GCCAAAAAUUGGCAAAGCACGCAGCUGUAAACAAUUGCAAACGCAAAAUUUACCGCGUCACCUUUGCGUUUAUUUAUCAGUUUCAAUCAAACAGUGAACCAAAAUGGAUGUGGCAGAUGCUCAGGUUGGCCAGCUGCGCGUCAAGGAUGAGGUGGGCAUUCGUGCCCAGAAGUUAUUCCAGGAUUUCCUCGAGGAAUUCAAGGAGGACGGCGAGAUCAAAUACACGCGUCCGGCGGCCAGCUUGGAAUCCCCGGAUCGCUGCACCCUGGAGGUCAGUUUCGAGGAUGUGGAGAAGUACGAUCAGAACCUGGCCACCGCCAUCAUCGAGGAGUACUACCAUGUCUAUCCGUUCCUCUGCCAAUCCGUUUCCAAUUACGUGAAGGACAGGAUUGGCCUGAAGACCCAGAAGGAUUGCUAUGUGGCCUUCACGGAGGUGCCCACGCGGCACAAGGUCCGGGAUCUGACCACCUCCAAAAUCGGCACCCUCAUCCGCAUCUCCGGCCAGGUGGUGCGCACGCAUCCUGUUCAUCCGGAACUCGUAUCCGGCGUCUUCAUGUGCCUCGAUUGCCAGACGGAGAUCCGGAAUGUGGAGCAGCAGUUUAAGUUCACCAAUCCCACCAUUUGUCGUAAUCCCGUCUGCUCCAAUCGCCGGCGCUUCAUGCUGGAUGUGGAGAAGAGUCUGUUCCUGGAUUUCCAAAAGAUUCGCAUACAGGAAACCCAAGCAGAGCUGCCCCGUGGAUGUAUUCCCAGGGCCGUGGAGAUCAUCCUGCGUUCGGAACUGGUGGAAACUGUUCAAGCUGGCGAUCGGUAUGAUUUCACAGGCACUUUAAUCGUGGUUCCGGAUGUGAGUGUCCUGGCGAACGUGGGCACCCGGGCGGAGACCAGUUCCCGCCAUAAGCCAGGCGAGGGAAUGGAAGGCGUGACUGGUUUGAAGGCUCUGGGCAUGCGGGAACUGAACUACCGGAUGGCCUUCCUCGCCUGCAGCGUUCAGGCCACCACAGCCCGCUUUGGCGGCACGGAUCUGCCCAUGUCGGAGGUCACUGCCGAAGAUAUGAAGAAACAAAUGACGGAUGCAGAGUGGCACAAAAUCUAUGAGAUGUCCAAAGACCGUAAUCUGUACCAGAACCUGAUUAGCAGCCUGUUUCCGUCAGUCUAUGGCAAUGAUGAGGUAAAGAGGGGCAUUCUCCUUCAGCAAUUUGGUGGCGUUGCCAAGACCACAACCGAAAAGACCUCGCUGCGUGGGGAUGUCAAUGUUUGCAUCGUGGGAGAUCCCAGCACGGCCAAGUCGCAGUUCCUCAAGCAGGUCUCGGACUUCUCACCCAGGGCCAUCUAUACUUCAGGCAAGGCUUCCUCUGCCGCGGGCUUAACUGCAGCUGUGGUCCGCGAUGAGGAGUCCUUUGACUUCGUCAUCGAGGCGGGAGCUCUCAUGUUGGCUGACAAUGGCAUUUGCUGCAUUGACGAAUUCGACAAGAUGGAUCAGCGCGAUCAGGUGGCCAUUCACGAGGCCAUGGAGCAGCAGACCAUCUCGAUAGCUCGCGCUGGAGUUCGAGCCACUCUAAAUGCCCGCACGUCCAUUCUUGCCGCCGCCAAUCCCAUAAAUGGACGUUAUGAUCGCUCCAAGAGUCUGCAGCAGAACAUCCAGCUCUCCGCACCCAUUAUGUCACGUUUCGAUCUGUUCUUCAUCCUCGUGGACGAAUGCAAUGAGGUAGUGGACUAUGCCAUUGCCCGGAAGAUCGUUGACCUGCACUCGAACAUCGAGGAGUCCGUGGAGCGUGCUUACACACGCGAAGAGGUCCUCCGCUAUGUGACUUUUGCGCGGCAAUUUAAGCCGAUAAUUGGUCAGGAGGCCGGUCGCAUGCUGGUGGAGAACUAUGGCCAUCUGAGGCAGCGGGAUACAGGCACGUCGGGGAGGAGCACCUGGAGGAUCACCGUGCGACAGCUGGAGUCCAUGAUUCGGCUGAGCGAGGCCAUGGCCAAGCUGGAGUGCUCCAAUCGCGUGCUGGAGCGACAUGUCAAGGAGGCCUUCCGCCUGCUAAACAAGUCCAUUAUACGUGUGGAGCAGCCCGACAUUCACUUGGACGACGACGAGGGCCUGGAUAUGGACGAUGGCAUUCAGCACGACAUCGACAUGGAGAACAAUGGAUCAGCGGCCAAUAUUGAUGAAAACCUGGACACCUCUGGCAGCGGUGCUGUGCAAAAGAAGAAGUUCACGUUGUCCUUCGAGGACUACAAGAAUCUGUCCACCAUGCUGGUGCUUCACAUGCGUGGCGAGGAGGCGCGCUGCGAGGUGGAGGGCAGCGAUACAGGCAUCAAGCGCAGCGACGUCGUUACCUGGUAUCUGGAGCAGGUGGCCGAGCAAAUCGAAUCCGAAGAUGAGCUGAUCUCGCGGAAGAACCUCAUCGAGAAGCUGAUCGAUCGCCUCAUCUACCACGACCAGGUGAUCAUUCCGCUCAAGACAUCCACGCUGAAGCCGAGGAUCAAGGGUGUGGGCCAGGAUGAUGAGACGGAGGACGAUCCCCUGCUGGUGGUGCACCCCAACUACAUUGUGGAGUGAGCACAGCCAGACACCAGUUUAUUAUACCCUAAUUUACCUAGUUAAGUUUCUGUUUCCACUUCUUUGAUUUUUUUUGGUCAUCUAAUUAAUCAUUGCAUUUAGAUGUAAGUUUAGAAUUUAAAGACUACCAAGCCAAUUAAGCAUUAUUUGACCCGUCUGUGGUCAAGUUACUUUGAAAAUCAUUCAUGUUUUCGCCGAAAUAAACGUUCAUCUAAAGUUUA